AUGUUUAAGGCUGCAGCUCUGCUGAUAACUCUUGGAUAUUGUAGCCUAUUAGUAUACCAAGGAGGUGUUACUUUCAACUUCCAAGAAAGCCGAGCGGGAUCUGUGCAAGUGUCGGACUUAUCGAUUGAACCUGUGACUAAAACAGUUAUAUUGGAUAGUGGACAGAAUAAAAAUAUAAGCUUAGAUGACAUUUUUAUCAGUGUUAAAACAACAAAGCAUUAUCAGUAUACGCGAUUGCCAAUAAUAUUGAAAACAUGGUAUCAGUUAGCAAAGCAACAGACAUGGUUUUUCACCGACACAGAAAACCGCCAACAUCAAAAUCAAACGAACGGUCACAUGGUAAACACGAACUGUUCUGCCUCGCAUCAGCGAAAACAUCUCUGCUGUAAAAUGUCCGUGGAAUACGAUCGUUUCCUUGAAAGCGGUAAAAAAUGGUUCUGUCAUUUCGACGACGACAACUACGUGAAUGUGCCUCGUUUGGUCAGCGUUUUACAAAAGUACAAUCAUCAAGAAGACUGGUACUUGGGACGGACGUCUAUUUACGAGCCAGUCAAAAUAUAUAAAAAGGCUACCAACCAGUUGAUGUUCUCAUUUUGGUUCGCCACGGGCGGUGCUGGAUUUUGCAUAAGCAGAAGUUUGGCUUUGAAAAUGUUACCUGUUGCAAGCGGUGGCCGGUUCAUCAGCAUUUGUGAAGGAAUACGGUUACCAGAUGACGUCUCCGUUGGCUUUAUUAUUGAACAUAUGUUGAAGAAAAAUCUAACUUUAGUACCGGAAUUUCAUUCACAUUUAGAACAAAUGAAACUAUUGGCUCCUGAAACAUUCCGGGAUCAAAUAUCCUUCAGUUAUGCAAAAGCUAAAGACGAAUGGAAUGUCGUCAACGUGCCAGGAUUUGAUACACGAUAUGACCCUACGAGAUUCCUGUCGCUGCAUUGUUUCCUGUUCCCUCAUUUUAAAUUUUGCCCAAGAUAG